GUGUUGUCUAUGGGAAGAUAUUGGAGGAGCGGAUCCCUCAGAUCUCAGGUGUUGUCUAUAGGAAGAUAUUGGAGGAGCGGAUCACUCAGAUCUCAGGUGUUGUCUAUAGGAAGAUAUUGGAGGAGCGGAUCCCUCAGAUCUCAGGUGUUGUCUAUAGGAAGAUAUUGGAGGAGCGGAUCCCUCAGAUCUCAGGUGUUGUCUAUAGGAAGAUAUUGGAGGAGCGGAUCACUCAGAUCUCAGGUGUUGUCUAUAGGAAGAUAUUGGAGGAGCGGAUCCCUCUGAUCUCAGGUGUUGUCUAUGGGAAGAUAUUGGAGGAGCGGAUCCCUCAGAUCUCCAUUUCAUGGUGCAGACAGUCUACUACUUGGAAGAGAAACCCGGUGACAGCUGUUGAAUUACAGCCGGAUAAGAUAACAUUCCUUAAAGAGUGACGGAAGUGGGAGGUAAGAGCUUUAUAUAGGACCAGCAAAUUCCUCUGCACAGAACAAAGCAAGAAAAGAUCUCCGCUGUCCUGACUGCCUAAGAAAACUUCAGCGGACGCUGAAGAGGAAGCAGAUGACUUCCCCCCUCGACCUGCACAGCUUCCUCCACUUCUCACUGCUGGAGGCUGCGCCGCUGUGAGCCCUGAGAGCGCAGAGCCCUGAGAGCGCAGAGCCCUGAGAGCGCAGAGCCCUGAGGACGCAGAGCCCUGAGGACGCACAGCCCUGGCAUGGACAGGAUGUCUGUCACCGAAAUCUUCAAUGGCAUCCCGCUGCCAGGACACCUUCACACCCCGGAGUCCCUCCAGUACGCCCAGGACUUCCAGUUCAAGGAAGGCGAUAUACUGAUCGUCACCUACCCCAAGUCAGGCACAACAUGGAUGCAAGAGAUCCUGACGCUCAUCUACAGCCAAGGCGAUACAGAGAUUGCUAUGACUGUACCCAACUGGGAGCGGGCCCCUUGGCUGGAACACACCUACUUCAAGGAUACCCUAAAGGAAGGAGAGGGCCCCAGAAUCCUCACCACACAUCUCCCGAGUAAUGUCCUGGCUCCGGCGCUGCAGAACUCCAAAGCUAAAGUGAUCUACCUUGCCAGGAACCCGAAGGAUGUGGCCGUUUCCUUCUACUAUUUCCACAAGAUGGCCAAAUUCCUCCCAGAUUUUAACACCUUCUCUGAGUUCCUAGACCGGUUCCUGGAGGGUAAAGUGCAUUACGGCUCUUGGUUUGAUCAUGUGAAGGGCUGGUACCGGCAAAGAAACAACCUGGACUUCCUCUACAUCACCUAUGAGGACCUAAAGAAGGAUUUGAGAAGAAGUAUAAAGAAGGUGUGCCGGUUUUUGGGGUGCCCCAUGUACUCCAAAGAGGUGGAUAAGGUGGAGCACCAUUGCCGGUUCCCUGAGAUGAGCCAGAACAUGAUGGUGAACUACAUGCUCAUCCCCAACGAGAUCCUCGACCACGAUCAGAGCAAAUUCAUGAGGAAGGGCAUUGUGGGUGACUGGAGACAACACAUGACGCCGGAGCAAAGCGACGCCUUCGACAAGAUCUUCCAGGAGAAAAUGUCCGGCUGCAACCUCCAAUUUCUCUGGAGUUUGGACUAAACAAAAAGACGAGUUCCGGGACUGCGAACGCUGCAAAGAUCUGCGAAUAUUUCUAUGCAGGGGAUCCGGUGUAAACGCAGAAAUAAUGUAAACAAUGACGUUGACGCCCUCGGAUGGCGGAAGGACAACCGCAGUGCGACGAAGGAGACGCCGCCGGAUACUCACAAUGUAUACUGUUUGUAUUUACACGUGAGAUGGGAAGAUUGUAACCAGACACGUCGGGGUGAGAUGGAUGGAAGGGAGCAGUGAAGCAAUGCGAAGCACAGAAGACCCGAACCCAGAACUUCUCUCCGUGUCUCAUUUCCAUCACACGUCCAAAUAGGGGUUCAUUCUUCAUUUUAGGACAGUAAAUUUGCCGCCAUGGCCAGUUUUGCAGACUUCAAGCGCCGAUACAACCUAAUAUGAUGGAGAACCUUUUCUUCCAAACUGCCUAAAGCCGGCUCAGGCUAGAUGGCCACCCCAGUACAGGUGUAUGCAGGGCCGCCAUCAGGAAUUAUGGGGCCCCUCACACAGCUUCAGGCAUGGGCCCCCUGGAGCAGAGAACCGG